AUGUCGGAUGAUGAUGAUGGUUCAGAAGUAGAAAUCGACAUUAAAAGUGACGAUGAAGACAAUGACGUUCUUAUCAGUCCCAUGCCUAAAGAAUAUGAAAACGAAACUGUAGCUAUUGAAUCAUUUAACAAAUAUUUCGGAGAACAUUACAAUGAUUCUCCGGCAUUCUUUAUGGGUUCUCUUCAGCAAGCAUGCGAAGAUGCAUUCAGCUCAAAAUUGAUGAUAGAACGUCGUCCAGUACUUGUUUAUAUCCACAAUGAAGUUUGCCUGAACAGUGAACCAUUCUGUAAAACUAUAUUCUCGUCGACAAAUAUCAUCGAAUAUUUACUUGAAAAUUAUGUUGUAUGGCCCUGGGAUGUUACUUUCGAAUCGAAUACAUUUAGAUUGGAAAAGGUUUGGAAGCAAAUGUUCUCCACAGAACUUGAUAGUUUUAAUUUGCAUCGAUGUCCGAUGUUGAUUGGAAUCAAGCGACUUUUUGUAGAACAUGAUAAUGGUUCACUAGUAUCCCAAUAUCAAUUCAAGAUAUUGCUUCAAGAUGAUAUUUUACAACAAACCGGACGGAAAGUUGAUCGCGGCACCUUACGCAACGAAUUGACCGUUUUCAAACAAGAAUGUGAUGACAAUGAACGAGCUUUAUGUCAAAUACUCGAAUUCAUUGACAAGAAUAAAGAUUGGGAAAAAUUAUUUCCUGAGAUUUGCAACUAUCUCACAUUGAACGAUGCCAUCCAAGCAUUUUCCACUAAUAUUCUUCCUUUGCUACGUCAAAAUUGUACAAAAGUGAUGAUUUGUGAUCCUUCUGAGACAUUUAUUAAUAUGAUUCUUCGAAAAAUCAAGCCUCAACAAAUUACUUCCCUAUGCCUUAACAUGUCUUGGCUUCUAACACAAGCAAAUUUAGAUUCCUUGCAUAUUUUUCCUAAUGUUACUUCAUUGACUGUUAUGAAUUUUCAACAAAUAGAUGCGAUUGACAAUUACACAGCACCAUUUCCCAAAUUGAAAUGUCUUUCGUUGUGGUAUGAUUAUGAAAUUAGUUUCAAGUUUCUGAGUAUUAUUUUCGAGAAAUUUCAAAGUUCGAUUAAUGAAUUCAGAAUAUGUUGUGCCGGAGCAGUUUGCGAUCACUCGAUUAUGGAUAAUUUCGAUAGAAUAUAUGCAAAGAAAUCCAAUAUUAAAUAUUUUCUAUUUGAUAUGAGCCAGUUUCCGUUAACUUCAAUGAACAAUUGUUUGCAACAUCGCCAUUCGUGCUUCUUAAAGUCACUAUUUGGUUUUAUUAAGGUUUUAUACACUGUUCCAUGUGUUCGAUUGAUCAUUAAUUGUAACGAUGCCAAAAUAUUGUUGGAUAUUAACGAAUGGAGAAAUUUGAUACGCACUUGUUCUCAGCUGAGAAAAAUAACAUUAGAAGUCUUCGGAAGCCUAUCAGCAGACGUAGAAGUAUCGCAGAAAAUCAUCGAAAUUCAAGACGAAAUUUUUCUUUACUCGCCGCGCACCGAAUUGCGUGUCACAUUCAAGUAA